UACGCUCAGAAAUAUCGGCUCAUUGUUAGUUAGGCAAAGAGCCAUGAAAGUCAGUUAUUUGUGAUGAAUUGUGUACGCUCAGAAAUAUCGGCUCAUUGCUAGUUGAACAGCGAACCAGGAGAGUCGGUUAUUUGUGAUGUCGGUUAUUUAUGAUGACUUAUCUACACCUACAGAUAUCGGCUCAUUGUUAGUUAAACAGCGAAUCAGGAAGGUUGUCUAUUCAUGGCGAUUUGUCAUCACCUACAUAUAUCGGUUCACUGUGUUGGCUGAAUAAGAAAAGUGUAGAUUCUGACUUUAUAUACAGAUAACGCCGUACCGUGUAAACUGAAGAAGAGAUUUGGGGAAUCAGUUCUAUUUCGCUCACAGAAAACGGUGGCGAUGUUAGUCGAAUAAGAAAUGAAGUGAUGAACCCUGUUAUGACGACCGCUUAUUGCGUAGAAAAUAAGUAGACGGCCGCUUGUACGAAUCUAUCGGUAAAACUGUGGUGGCUUGGAAAGCAGUCAGAACAUUUGAGCCGAUGAUUUUAAUUGACGCUUUAUGAUGUGGGGAUAAGCAGGUCUUUGAGCAUAGUUUUCUACCGUUAAUAAACAGUGGUUUUAUCUUAUUGUCAGGAAAAAGUCAACACUUCAAGUGUAAUUCGUCUCUGGAAAUACUCAUUAAAAUAAUGUGUGGAUUAACACGUAAAUCAAUGUGAUUCGUGGAAGUUAUUUAAUCAAUGAUCUCGUGGGAUUAACACUCUCAAUUAGUAAACAGCUCUUUAAGUGACUCGCAAUCCACCUUAGAUUUUAGGAUAUUUUGAUAAUUACAAUUGUUAGGAAGUGAUGUUUGUAGUAUCGGUGGAAUAAUUUGAGAUGUUUUACAGGAGAAGAAAUUUGUCAAUACAUGUUGAUGGCUCUGAAAUGACCGUGUAAGAAGUGGAUACUAUAGACAUACAUUAUCGUUAGAACUAUAAACAAUUCGACAUGCCGAGCACAAAAAUAUCGGUAGCAAGUGUCGGAAUGAUUAAUUCUGAGGAAUCUUCCAAAGUACACUGGGAAUCUGAUUUCAGCACGGAAAAGGUGACAGCAGAAGAUGCUAAACGUUCGAAUUGUCUAGUAUCGGCUUUACGUCCAUUGCUCCUGUCAAUGUCGUUGGUGGGUUUGUUUGAUAUUUGGAAAAUUCAAGAAUACGGAAAUGAAAAAUCAGGAAGCAGAAGAGCUUUUUUCAAGGUAUACCGAUUAGGGAUACUUGGUAUAUUGACUUUUAAUUGUAUCCGAUUUUUUCUGGCAUAUCAAUCCUUUGAAUUUGGAUCCGAGCUACUUUCAUCCAUUCUAUUACACGCUUGGUUUAUUCUUUGUCUCAGUUACGCUUUAACAUGCUACAAAAUGGUUGAAAAUCCUACAAAUCUUGUUCGCUUUUUCAACCUUUGGCGGAAGUAUUGGAAUUUGAUAAAAAGCGCGCAGAAUGAAUCCAGUGCCGAGCAAGCAUGUUCCUGGCGUCGAGUCCGAAAAUAUGCGAUCGUUUCCACGGUCAUUGGAUGGUCUACAGUUCUCGGAAAUAUAGGAUUUUGCAGUUACACCGUGAUAACCGGGACAGCCUUUAAAAACAUACUAGAACCAUUUCCAAGGACACAUGAUCUUUUCCCGGUAAUUGCAGCAUUAUUCCAUGUCAUUAUUGUAUGCCUUUCUUGUGCAUGGCCAUUUGCUACAAUAUUGAUGAUUGUGCUAGCCUUAUCAAUGUAUCAAGAAUUUAAACAUUUCGCCGAAAGACUGGAGAAAGUCACGCAAAAGUAAACAGGUUUCAGAAGUGCAGGAAAAUCUAGAAUCCAUGAGGAAGCAGCAUAACGCCCUCUGUAAUAUGUUAGAUAUUGGGGAUGACGUCUUAAAACAUCAAGUCGGUCUUUGUCUGGUCCUAAAUGUCUUCAUUACGCUCAUACUUAUAUACAACAUUUGCUGGUAUGAAGCGGUUCGAAAGGAUAUUGGAACACUCGUCAGUCACAUCUUCUGGCUCUCUGGUUCAGGCACCAUGUUAAUUUCCCUGAUGGCGGUCUGUUGUAUGGUAAACAUUCAGGCGCACGAACCUGCAAAAUUCAUACACAACCUUUCCAUGAAAGACGUUACGGCUGAAUUUGCAUUGCAGGUUACUGUAUUCCUACACCGACUGAACGGACCACCCCUUGGUCUUACGGCUUGGUCCCUGUUUGUGGUAGACAAUCAAGUUGUUGUCAGUGUCGCUGGAAUGAUUGCAACCUAUUUCGUUGUACUGCUACAGUUUCAACAGGCAUCGACUACACCGAAUACCGCUGGGAAUACCACAUUAACGUAGAAUUGUGAUGGAGCAUAUUACAAAAUAUUAACUACCAAAUAUAUCAGUUUGAGUUCCGAAAUAACUAAAAUGUCAACAACAUGUCGCAAAAAUAACAAAGAACUCAAAUUGACAAUGAGAAUGGCACAGUUUUGUUUAAUGAAACCAAAUUACGUAGCGAAAAGGUAAUGCUCUUCUCAAAAUGACUGGGGAUUCCACAGUUGUUUUUAAUGAUCGAAAAGUAUAUAAAAAACCCCGUAUUUAUACUAAACUUUAUUCGGUAGUUUUAGAAGGAAUUUAAAUACUCAAAAUAAGAAAUAAAAUACCUCUGUUAACUACACUGAUGCCAGACGAAAUACGCUAUCUACCAUGGUAGUUAUGAUUACAUUACAUUGUUUUGUAAACCAAAACAUUGAACGAAAUAUUGAUAUUUUAUUGCUUUUUUGCCUUUGAAAUAAAAAAAUUUAUCAAAUUGAUGAAACCUUAUUUUCACUGCAUCGAUGGGCAGUAAAAUUUGUGAGAUUUUUGUAGCGAAAAUAUAAGGUUUUCGUUUUUGACCAAUCAGAGUGAACCUUUGUAUUCAUCUCAUUGAAACAUGCCGAUUUUUCCAAUCUAAGUGAAGAUAGAUAAAUUGAUUAUUUUGCUGUAUUUCUGAAAUAUUCAGACUAGUUUUUGACAAAAUGCUCACUUGAUGUUACCUAUUCAUACAAAGAUUCUCCGAUGACAGCUGAAAGGCUACAAUUGCGUUGAUCAAUCCUUUCAAAAUGGCGCCGUCAAGUUGACGUGGAGUAACGUCAUCCAAGAAAUGACGUCAUGAAUUUCCUACACUUCUUGACACUUUAACUUUUUCGGUGUUAUAAAUUUUGUUUUUAAGUAUAUAAAAUGCGAUAAGAAGAAACUCGUAUGACAGAAUAUUCCGAUAUUCUAUCAUAUUUGUGAAAUAUAUGUUAUAUUAAAUGGGAAACCUGUCAAUAUCCUCCAUGUACUUACAUGAUUGUGGAAGUUCCACAUUUGUCUAAGAAGACGGCCAAAACAACCAAAACAAGGGUUAGUACAGAAUCAGAUGUUUUCGGUCAUGAUAAAGAACUAAACAACUAAGUAUCUAACAAUAUCACAAAAUAAAAAGUUACAAUUAAAUACUUGGUUGAUUUAAACAUGUCAACAAAUAAAGCCCAUUAACUCACGAAUCCCUUGUUUUUGAAGCUCCAUCUUUUACCUACUUGUUACUAAUUAUCAUCUAUUAAACUCUAGUAAAAAGCUCUGGUAUUCACCUUCGAUUCCUUCACCAAGAUUUCUACCAACCAGCACUGUGUUGAACCACUGCUGUGUGUUAUGCUACCUGUCGUUCCGGACUGUCCGUCUUCCACUUUGUUUAUUAGUCUCGACGUCAGGUCGACGUUUGUAAGUAAUAUACACCUAGGAGGUUUAGAAGCGUUCUAAAGAUCCUGAUUUUAUAAUAGGUGGCGCCAGUUUCCCUUUCGCGAGAGUAUAAAAGGCGGCGGUCGAAACUAGACAGGGUUCAUUUCUUCAUCUGACACGGACGCGUUAAGGCCGUACAAAAAGGUAAUAGUAAAGAUAUAGACGUGCCCGAACAAGGCUUCCCUAUAUCAAAGUACUGUAUUGUGUAUUUAAUAACUUACGGUAGAGUACGGAGGUAGAUGUGCCUGAGUAAGGCUUCCCUUCUCCGUUGGGACUCUAGUUAGUCUAUGUGAUCGGUACAUCACAUAAGUUGUAAGUUUAUCAAUAUCAAUAGCCUUGGGUCUGCUCGUGGUUUAUAAGAAAGUGUCUGAGAGCACAGAGUGUGGUACGUUCAUGCCUAACGUUAAUUAUAUGCUAGGGAGUGCUCAGUAAGAAGUGAGUACUCAGUGAGUGCUCAGUAUUUUGAGUGCACGGUAGCAGUGAGUACUCAGUGAAGUGAGCGCUCGGUAAAAGUGAGCACUCAGUCAAAGUGAGUGCUCACUCGGUCAAUGAGUGUUGAAACUCUCUUACCCUCAUAGUAAUUAUCGUUGUAUAAUGUGAUAUUGCCCUGAAUAAACCCCAGAUAGGGAAGGUUCAUUUUGGUCAGGGAGCACUCAUUAUUUCAUGUAGAAUAUCAUUCUGUUCUGUUAAUAUAAAUAGCUCUCUGUUUAGGUAUAUUUGUAUUUAUACUGUAGGAUUACUCAGAGGAACUGAGCAAUCAUUGUGCUAUAUUUCAACUGUAUAGCUAGUUGGUACUUGAUGUAUAUUACAUAAACACAGCCGGGUCAGCUGUAUAUUUCUGUAUAUAUUUGCACUGAGGACUCGAGUAAAACUAAUUAUAUGUUAGACAAUAUGGAUCAUCAGUAGUGACUGAUACGGACCCUGUAAACGUCACAGCACCUGAAGAAAGUUGGACUGUUCUGUCCCGUUUUCUAUAGAGCUCUAUCAGAAUACUCCGGUAUCUUCCCUCGAUUCCUUCAACCAGACAUCUACCAAACAGCACCUACAGAAAGUUGGACUCCUCUGCCCCGUUUUCUAUGGAGCUCUACUAGAAUACUUCGGUAUCCACCCUGGAUUCCUUCAUUAAGUACAUACAGGACGUUGGCCGUCUUCUCAUCUCUGUGUUGUUUUCACUUUGUAAACAUACAUAUCUUAUUUUUAAUAAGCGGUUUUCUUAUUUUAGCGUUUUUAAAAGGAACAAAAAUCAUUAUAGCUCUAAAUGCAUUAUGUACAUGUAUAUACCAUAUUCUACUCGUCAUUGAGCUUAUCUAUGUUUAAAUCCCCCUUUUUGCGCUUGAUCCUGAGUGAGCCAACAUACAUACCUUGAUGUGAUAAAUUAAACAACAUCACUAUGUAUGAUUUAUAAAAUUGACAAUUCUUACAAGCUCAGUAAGUGUUCGACAGCGUAAUGAAGAUUUUGUAUAUUGGGCUGCUAUGAAAAGGUACACAGCUACAUUUUUUUUUAAAUUUAAAAUUCGUUUUUGAUAGUGAAAUCUUCCAAAUUGAAGAAUGAUUUCUUUUUGAUUAAAACAGUUUGCUUAUUA